UGUCUGCUUCCCGCAGGCUUCAUAAAGCGGUGGGACGUGACGAUUAGCCUGUAACGGUGUGAAACUGACCCAAGAGAAGUCAUCCGCACCAGCAGACGCGCCAGAGUGGAAAAUUCCAAGCGGACAACUUACAGAAAGACAAGAAAUCUUCUUCGAAAGAUUCUGCAGCCAUGUCCGCGAACAUCCUCAUCAACAGUCCUAACCUGAAGUACACAGACACACACAUAGAGGCGCAGUAUUCUUAUCAAACCACAUCAGUGCACCAGGAAGGGAAUAAACUCACGGUGACCCCUAGAACAACUGAGAUGAUUUUCCGAACCGAGCGGCACGUUCCGAGGCUUGGUGUGAUGCUUGUGGGCUGGGGAGGCAACAACGGAACCACUGUCACAGCCGCUGUGCUGGCAAACAAGCUGGGUCUUACCUGGAGGACCAAGAACGGAGAGAAGAAAGCAAAUUACUUCGGCUCCUUCCUGCAGUCUUCUACUGUUUGUCUGGGAUCAGGCUCGGAGGGUGAGGUCAAUGUACCGUUCUGUGACCUCCUGCCCAUGGUGCACCCUAAUGACAUAAUCUUUGAUGGUUGGGAUAUCUCCUCAAUGGAUCUGGGCAGAGCAAUGGAGCGAGCCCAGGUGCUCGACUGGUCUUUGCAAGAGCAGCUACGACCAUACAUGUGCUGCCUGAAACCAAGACCAUCCAUCAGCAUCCCAGACUUCAUUGCUGCAAACCAAGACAGUCGGGCAGAUAAUGUACUAACUGGGACGAUGGCAGAACAGAUGGAGCGAGUCAGAGCGGACAUAAGGGACUUUAAGCUGUCCAGCGGUGUGGACAAAGUCAUUGUUUUGUGGACGGCCAAUACUGAGCGCUUCUGUGACAUUACCCCUGGGGUCAAUGACACAGCCAAGAACUUGCUAGCUACAAUCCAGAAUGGAGGAGAGGUUUCUCCCUCCACCCUGUUUGCAGUGGCCAGCAUACUAGAAGGUUGCGCCUUCAUCAACGGGUCCCCUCAGAACACCUUCGUCCCUGGAGCUGUAGAGCUGGCCGUGGAGAGAGGCGUGUUCAUCGGCGGCGACGACUUUAAGUCUGGCCAGACGAAGAUCAAGUCGGUGCUUGUAGACUUUCUGGUCAGCGCAGGCAUCAAGCCAACGUCUAUCGUCAGCUACAACCACCUUGGCAACAACGACGGGAAAAACCUGUCGGCUCCGCAGCAGUUCCGCUCCAAAGAGAUCUCCAAGAGCAAUGUGGUAGAUGACAUGGUGCAGUCCAACUCUGUUCUGUACCAGCCUGGAGAGAAACCUGACCACUGUGUCGUGAUUAAGUAUGUCCCGUAUGUGGGAGACAGCAAACGUGCCAUGGAUGAGUACACGUCUGAAAUAAUGAUGGGAGGGAUCAACACUAUUGCAAUGCACCACACUUGUGAGGAUUCUUUGCUGGCAAGCCCGAUCAUUCUGGACCUGGUGAUCCUGACAGAGCUUUGUCAGCGUGUGACCAUCAAGCCUCAGGGAGAGGAGGACUUCCAGUCCUUCCACAGUGUCCUCGCUCUUCUCUCUUUCCUCUGCAAGGCCCCUUUGGUCCCACCAGGGUCUCCAGUAAUCAAUGCCUUCUUCCGACAGAGAGCCUGCAUAGAAAACAUCAUGAGAGCAUGCCUUGGACUCCCUCCUCAGAGCCACAUGCUGCUGGAGCACAAGCUGCAGAAGAACUUCCUGACUGCGCACACGUCCUUUAUCAACAACGACGUGGCCUCAGUGAAGAAAGUGGCCCUGACCAAUGGGAAACACACCCUUGUGCCUCUAAUAAACGGCGUAUGUACACUAGAGUGAUACAACUUGUGCUAUGUAAAUCCAAAAAUGGACAUUAAUGUGAUCGGUAAUCUAGUACAGAUUGUUCAACACAAACAAAGAAUUCAGUGAUCAAAGUUUGAACUGGACACAAAAACGGCUCAAAUGUGGAUUCAGCCCUUAGUUAAGGACUAAUUAUUUAAUAUCUGAAAACCACCUGUAACAUUUCAGCUUUGUAAAUAUUUGGAUUGUUUUAUGCUUUCAUUUGAAUCCUUAUUUAAGGCACAUUUAAACUGCAACCGUAUGCUGUACUGUAUAUUUUUAUGUACUAGCAAACCUGUGAGUGUGAUAAUUGCUGUUGAAGCACACAGGUUUAAUGAAAAGGGUGCAAUAAUAAUGACAUUAAUAAGUUUUUGUUAGCCAUCUGUUUAUAUUCUGAAUUUUUGGGGAGGUUUAGCACUAAAUUGGCUAUUUUAAGUGACAAUGUUUUAGUUUAUAGCAUUAAUCUCUGGAAACGUCCAUCAAAAUGUUAUUGUAAAUGAAUUAAAAGAUGCCCAAUUGUUGAAAAAUAUAGCAGAUUUAUAACAUAUAACCAUAAAAAUCUGUUCUUAUCUACAUGGAGCGGGUCUAAGUCUCUGGGCGACGCCAUAUUGGAUGCCAUGUUUCCAUCUACAGAAGGCUGUGAGGACAAAACACAUUUACUGAUUUGUAACAAAUGGUUUCAAAAUGUUCACCAUUAAUAAACUUUGUUGUUUUACACAUUUA